AUAUGGGCUGGUGGAAUGAGUUGAGUUCUACUCGGGACCGAGCCAACCUGGUUUUCUCCUUGUUUAGCCACCGCCUCCCCUCAUGACAUCAACACUGCGGAGAGCCGCCGCGCGCUCAGACACUGCUGCAGAACGCCAGUGCGCAAAGCGGAUCGUGCGGUAUUGAUGAGUGAUUGGUGAUCUAUCAGCAUGUCGCUGUACGCGUCUCAGAUUAAAGCGUUUAAGAGCGCGGAGCCCAAGACACUUGGCGCUAUUGAGAUCAUAAUUGGUGUGUUUACUGUCAUUUUGAGCACAAUUGUGUAUAAGCUGCACUACCAUAUCCAGCGUGAAAUCAUCAUCCUCAUAGUCAACGGUGCUCAGCUUGUCAUAACUGGUGUUGUCCUGGUGCACACUGGGAGGAAGCCAUCUAAAUGUCUGCUGCUGACAACAAUUGUUCUGCAGUUACUAACAGCAGCAUUUGAUAUUGUUGGAUUUGGGCUCAUGGCCAGACACAUCCCAUUCAGAGGAGAGUCGUACUACUACAGGGACACAGAGUGGUGUUGUGACCCACUUCACUCUGUUUCGGCUUGCUGUGGAGAUGGAGGGAAAGAGGCACAAAAAGAGUUCUUAGUGAAUGGGAUCUUGGUGACACUGAUCGGUUUCCUGAUGCUAGCAUGUGCCAUUGGUUUGGUUGUUUCUCUUUUUGGGGUCUACACCCUUUCUGUUAGUGCCAUAAAGGAGAUGACGCCCAUCCCUCACUCUACAGCAAACCAACAUUAUGGUGUUGGUGUUCAGACCCAGAAAUCGAUCCAUGCUGGAAACUGAUAAAAUAAGAGGCAGAAGGGCACAGUUUUAGCACAGUUUUUCGGUUUUUCACCAACUGCAAAAGAGGACUGUUUCACCUACAAACCACUCACAGGUAACCAACCACAACCACAGGAAAAAAAAAAAAAAACUUUUGUGAAGUUGUAAAUAAUUUUUUGAAAGUAAAAUGGAUAAAAUCUCGUUUUUUGCUUGGCUGUUGCUCUCACAGGCUGUAGGACUGCUGUAAUUUCGAAUGCUCAACUUAAUAGUUAUUCGUACCUCAUUAAUUUUCGCUCUUACAAACUGAAGCUUCUUAGCAUGAAAUUCUAAUCAAAUGUCUACCCAGAAAUCUAGUGUUUUCGAUGUAUGUUAGAUGGGUAAGUGUGUUUAUCGUUGUUAGGGUAUGUGAAAUUAGGUACGUAGCAGAAACAGAAAAGGAAUUAUGGUGAAUGUGAACGGUAAGAAGGUUCUGUAAUUGCGUCUUGUUUCAUAGCAUUUUGUACCACCUUUUGCAUGAAUCUUUAUAUUGGUCAACAUGUUUGUUUUAGCCACAUGAGGACAUUUAUCAAGUUGAUAUUUGUUCGUUUGAAUAGCAAUUUGAAAAUGAACACUUGAAACCAUAAAAAUGUAACAGCACUGUAAGCAAGCCAAAUUAUUUUAUUUAUAUAUAUAUAUAUAUAUAUAUAUAUGCUUACAACAACAAAAAAUCCUUUAAAUAAGAGCCUUGAUAAAUGUGGCCCAUGUUCAGUGAAACUCCUCUAAAGCAGAGUAAUGUGAAUUUAAACACCAGUGAAUAACUAAACAGCAUCGCUUGGCUUUUUUGUCAUCUCGUUUAAUCCGUGCUGAUUCUUCAGGAAAGCUAUGAUGACUGCCAACUCUGUAAGUGCCACCACUUGUGACCAAAAUCAUGGACACCCUUAUGACUAAAGGUCAGAGGUUGAACCCUCAGUCAAGGGCUCGACUUUGGUGAUGUAAAAUCCUCUUGUGGAAGCAUGUGUCGUCCGUUCUGUGUCUGUAGAUCUUUGUCUUUAUGACAGCAUGUGAGAUUUACAUUGUGCCUGUUCUCAGUGAACUCUUGACGUGUAGUAAAAUGAAAACAAGUAGUAUGUAGUAAUAUGGCUGUGUU